AUGACAGAAGAAGUCCCAGCAACGUCCGGCAUGCCCGAGUGCAAUGGGAGCGUACCCCCGGAGAAGGCCCCGCUCCAGGUCAUCGGCGUCAUCGAUGAAGUAGCAAAAUCUGUCGGGACGGUUCCUUACGCGAAUGCAGAAACGACCGCUGAUGCUCCACCUGCAAAAGAAAAUCAGGAGGAAAACAGAAAUUCGUUGGCAGAGGACGUAGUUCAUGGGGAUUUUGAUGGAGAGAAGCAAUGCAAAGAAACGCGAGAGGAAAACGAUGGGACACUACAGCAGGGACCAGCUGAUACCCAGGACACAGGGACUGACGGCCAGGAAUCAGAGGAAGGGCCGGGCAGUGAGGGGACGCCUGCGGGCAGCGGGGAGCGAGAGCUGGGGACGGCGGCCAGCCCCGGCGGGGAGGCGGCGGAGACCCUCGCAGCCAGCGCUGACGGGAGAGGCAAUGCAGCCAAGGAGGAGGAGGAGGCGGAGGAGGAGGAGGAGGAGGAGGAGGACACUGAAGAGGAUGAAGUUCAGGUGAUCGAAAUCAAGAACAGCGAGGCGUCCCGUCUAAAGCAGCAAGACAGCGGCAAGGAGGCAUCUCCCCCGACCAGCCCCGGCUGCAACUCCCAGGUGGAGAAACUGGGGGAGCAGCCCAGCCUGGGGAAAAAAAAUGAUAUCUCCAGACACAGCUAUUCCAGAUACAACACAAUCUCCUACCGGAGGAUUAGAAAAGGAAACACCAAACAGCGAAUCGAUGAAUUUGAAUCCAUGAUGCACUUAUAA